UCAUUUUUAUUAUCAGAUGCGCUUCGUUCGCAAAACUUGUCGAUCAAAAGGGGCAUUUCUUCACUCUCUUCUUCAUCGCACUUCCAAAAUUUAGGUUUUCUGAAUAUCAUUAAGUAAGCGAAAUUUUCUUGAUUUUUUCAAGAAUUUGAGCUUUUGUUCUCUGUAAUUUGCGUUAAUGGAGACGCGUAAAAGGUCUAAGAAUCAGUUAGUUGGAUUGUUGCUUGUUGCAUGCUUUGCAAUUCAGCUCUGCGCUGCUGAUCCUAUCUUUUACGAGUCGUUUGAUGAGACGUUUGAAGGUCGAUGGAUCGUCUCUGAGAAAGAAGAAUACAAUGGUGUUUGGAAGCAUUCGAAAAGCGAGGGACAUGAAGAUUAUGGGCUUCUAGUCAGUGAGAAAGCAAGAAAGUAUGCCAUUGUGAAAGAACUUGAGAAACCUGUUGAAUUAAAGGGGAAGACUGUUGUUCUCCAAUUCGAAACUCGCCUCCAAAAUGGGCUUGAAUGUGGUGGUGCCUACUUGAAAUAUCUCCGUCCUCAGGAAGCUGGAUGGGUGUCAAAGGAGUUUGAUAAUGAAUCACCAUAUUCUAUCAUGUUUGGACCUGACAAAUGUGGGUCCACAAACAAGGUUCACUUCAUUCUAAAGCACAAGAACCCAAAGAGUGGAGAAUAUGUUGAACACCAUCUUAAGUUUACACCAUCUGUCCCAUCUGAUAAGUUGAGUCACGUGUACACUGCUAUUUUGACCCCUGAGAACGAUGUCCAGAUCUUGGUUGAUGGAGAGGUAAAGAAGAAGGCAAACCUCCUUUUAGGUGAUGAUUUUGAACCUGCUAUCAUCCCAUCAAAGACUAUCCCAGACCCAGAAGAUAAGAAGCCCGAGGACUGGGAUGAGAGGGAAAAGAUUCCCGACCCAAAUGCAGUUAAACCUGACGAUUGGGAUGAGAGUGCACCAAUGGAAAUUGAAGAUGAAGAGGCUGAGAAACCCGAGGGAUGGUUGGAUGAUGAACCAGAAGAAGUUGAUGAUCCCGAGGCAUCAAAACCUGAAGACUGGGAUGAUGAAGAGGAUGGUGAAUGGGAGGCACCAAAGAUUGAGAAUCCCAAGUGUGAAAACGCACCCGGUUGUGGUGAAUGGAAGAGGCCAAUGAAGGCAAACCCUGCAUACAAGGGGAAAUGGUAUGCCCCACUAAUUGACAACCCAAGCUACAAGGGUGUUUGGAAGCCACAAGAAAUUCCCAACCCUAAUUACUUUGAGCUUGAAACUCCCGACUUUGAGCCAAUUGCUGCCAUUGGUAUUGAGAUAUGGACCAUGCAAGAUGGCAUUUUGUUUGACAACGUUUUGAUCGCUGGUGAUGAAAAGACAGCUGAAUCAUACAGGCAGACCCAGUGGAAGCCGAAGUUUGAUGCAGAGAAAGAGAAACAAAAGGCUGAGGAAGCAGCUUCCACCCCAGAUGCCAUUUCAGGCAUUCAGAAGAAGGUGUUUGAUCUUUUGUACAAGGUUGCUGACGUCCCAUUUUUGGAACCCUACCAAACUAAGAUUCAUGAACUGAUUGAGAAAGCAGAGACACAACCAAACAUCACCCUUGGUGUCCUAGUUUCCAUCGUCGUGGUCUUUUUCAGUGUUUUCUUGAAGCUACUUUUCGGUGGGAAGAAACCAGCUGCUGUGAGCGCCCCAGCAAGUGAACCUGCUGCUCCAGAGGCUUCCACCACCAAGGAAACCAGUGAGGAGAAGGAAGAGGACGAGAAGGAUGAGACCGCUGCUCCUCGCCGUAGAACCAGGCGUGAGACCUAGAUAGUUUGUUAGUUAUAAAUGUGUUGUUUGUUUUAACAUUGUGAUUUUCUGAAGACAUAAUGAUACGGCAGCAGCUGGAAGAAGAGAAACCCGAUAAUGGGUUGCAAGAAAUUUUUGGAAGCAUAAUUCAGUUGUAGGAAUGUAAAUGAGGAUUUAACAGGAUCACGGGGACUAGUUUUUUUCAUGAAUAUGGAAUUUUGUACUCCCCUGUAUUUUGGCUUUCAUUGGAUUUUUUAGUUUCUUUUUGUUUAUUAUAUGAACAUGAAAUCUUAUUCGGCAGCGAUUUUGUGUUUGAUUAAAGUUGAUAAACAUAUGGUAAUUAUAAACCUCCUGUGAUCUGUUCAUCUGUA